AUAGGAAUAAUAAUAAAAAAUCAACAUUAUUAUUUCGUAAUUCAUAGUCAACAUGAAGCAAUGAGUUUGCGUAGUAUUAUUUUAUACAGAUAUAUGUAUAUAUUCCCUCUCUUAAUCGACAUUAAAAUUGUACAAGUAUAAAGUGUACUUGUUGUAUGACAGAUACGUCUUACAGCCUCCUUCUUAUAUUUCUUUUAAAACCGCCCACUCUUAUCCCCCAUGACCCAUCAACAUCAUCAUCAUCAUCAUCAUCAUCAACAUCAUCGUCAUCAGCUAUGGACUCAAACAAGGUCUACAUUUCAGUACGCAUUUAAAUCUGUUACUAUGAAGAGUUCAAAAUGAUUAUCAAGAUUAUAAAAUGACGCAAAUUUAUCAACACGUAAAAUUUAGAUGGACAGAAAAUUUAACAUCAAGAUUUAUCUGUUUGAGAAAAGAAAAUGAUAAAUUAUUUACUGGACGUAAAUAUUCUGCUCAAGCUGGAUGGGAAUUUAUUUUACGACAGAUGAAACAAGAAUUUCCAACGAUAAUGGCUGACGUUCCUUUUCGAGUAUUAAAAAAAAAGUGGUCAAAUCUACUUCAACAGUACAAAGAAUUAAAAAAUCCAGUUAUUGGUGAUAAAAAUAAGGCAGAUGAUGUAUCCUGGCCAUUUUACAGUGCAAUUGAUGAGAUUGUCCUUGGUCAAGACCAUCACAAAUCAAUGAAAAGAGAAAAUAUUGAGCAACCAAUUGGUAAUAUAGAAGAAGAAGAAGAGGAGGUAGACCCCCACGAAUUUCUUUGUGUGUCAGUCACACCACCCGAUGAGCAAAUUUCCCCUUCAUGCUCACCCAUUGAGACAAAAUUUUUUUUACAAAAUCAUGAUCAAAAAUAUUAUGAUGAAGAUACACCAAUACAAGCUCAAGAAGAAUUAACAAGAUCAAGGAUAAAUGAAAAAUUUGAAUCAACGCCCACUAUAAGUGUUUGUAAAUUAACAAAUACACGUAAAAAUACGAUAAAUGAAUCACGAAUGAUCCAUCAAAAACAGCUGCAAAUUAUUCAAACUACUGUUAAUCACGCAAAGCGUACAAGAGAACCACCACUUGAUAUAAAUCAUUUUAAAAAAAUGAAAAAAAAUCAAGAUGAUAAUAAUGAUUCAAUAAUUAUUAAUAAAAUUAAUGAAUUUUUAGAUUAUACUAAAAAACGUGAUGAAGAAAAUAAAUUAAUAAUGCUUAAAAUUUUAUCAGCUGUUGAAAAAAUUAGUGAAAAAUUAAAUUAAUUUGUAAUAUGUAAUUUAAUAAAUUUUAUAAAAAUAUUUUUGUUAUUUUUUUUUUUUGGAUAUAUUAACAAAGAAAUAAUAUAUUCAGAUGUGGCCAGGUUAUUCAUUGACUGACCUCCUGCUGACCAUCACCAAUAAUUAACUGUCUCUUCUUCUUUUUGUGUAAGAAAGAAAGAAGAAAAUAAAAAAAUUUAUACACGCAUGAAUAUCGUGCAAUAUAAUUUCGAGAAACAUAGUAAUGUUAUUAAAUAUUUUUCAAGUUGCUAAGAAAUGAUAAUAUUAUUGCGUCACAUGUUGUGUACACUGUCUCAUGAUUUAUAUCAAACGAUGCUGAAUUAAUAAUUCAUAGCAAUCUGUGACAUCUAAAGGUUAAACUUUUACAAUUUUUUUUUGUCUUUAUUUUAGUUAUUAUUUUAGUUUAAUGUAAGUAACAAUUUAUUUAAAAUUUCAUCAUGUAAUUUAUUUAAAUUAUUAUUUAUCUGUUAUUUUUACUUUGGGAAUGAUUGACCGUUUAGUUUUUGAAAUAAUUAUUUUUAAAAUUGGUAAUUUUUUUUGGACUUAUUUAAUAACAAAUGAAUUUGCAAAUUUUAUAUUUUUGUUUUUAAAAAAUUUUGAUGUUAACGUUUUAUUAAAAAAUUAACUAGUCAAAAUUUUAUAUACAACAAUGAUAAUUGACGUAAGAAAAAAAAAAAAAAAUUAAAAAAAAACAAACA